CAGAACCAGCCUGUAAAAUCUGUGAAAAAUAACGUUUUACUAAACUGAUCCUGAAAACAUGCAGAAAAACAUCACUUUAUUGAGGAUGUUGCAGUGAUUGUUUCAUCCAACAGAGGGCGCUGUUUGAUUCCUCAGGAUUACCUCAGAGAGUCUUCCUCGCCUGAUACAAAGACAGAGAAAGAGGAGCAGGAGUCCAGUUGAAGUCAGAUAGAUGAUGGCUCCCAGGAGGAUGGAGACCAAACCGGUGAUCUGCUUCCUGAAGAUGCUGCUGCUGCUCUACUCCUUCAUCUUCUGGGUGACAGGUGCGGUCCUACUGUCGGUGGGAUUAUGGUGGAAGUUUAUGUUGGGACCCUACAUGCUGCUGCUCUCGAGCAGCUCCUCCAACGCUCCGUACGCACUCAUCGGUACCGGCGCCACCAUCAUCCUGUUCGGAUUGUUUGGCUGCUUCGCCACCUGCAAGGGUCACCCCUGGAUGCUAAAACUGUAUGCUGUGUUUUUGUCUCUGGUCUUCAUGACGGAACUCAUCGCUGGAAUCUCCGGGUUCAUCUUUCGUCACGAGAUUAAAGGAACCUUUUUAACUUCGUUGACUGAAGCUGUGAUGUGGUACAACGGAUACGAUGAACGGAGCAUGGCCGUGGAUGACGUCCAGCACAAAUUGCACUGCUGCGGAGUUCAAAACUACACCAGCUGGUUCAGCAGUGUGUAUUUUCCAGCCAGCGGUAUUCCUGCCAGCUGCUGUGUUAGUUUCGUUGAGUGCAGCAAAGCAGAUCUAAAGAAUGCAACUCUGGCUGCACGCAAAGUCUACAGACAGGGCUGUUAUGACUUGGUGGUGUCCUUCAUAGAGAGCAACAUGGGAAUCAUUGCUGGAGUGACCUUUGGCAUCGCCUUCUCUCAGGUCAUCGGGGUGUCUCUGGCCUGCACCUUGUCCUACUUCAUCACUACCAACCAGUAUGAGAUGGUCUGACAGACAUCACAUGAGGAUGGCCGUCACCAUGGAAACCUGCAGAAACACACGUCUUUUCAUUACUGUUGUAUUUAUUCUGUGUUUUAUGAUGCUGGUUUGUCUCUGAUUGGUUUCAUGUGCACAUUAUAUAUCUAUAUGGACUGUGUUUGAACAAACAGCAGGUGUGAUUGGUGGAUUAAAACCAAACCAAACAUUUUACUGCGUAUGUUUAGAAAAUCAAUGUUUUCUGUGGAAGUCUGGAGCUGAUAAAUCCUACUCUGUUGUUUCAUUAAAGCCAUAUUGUUUAAAGUGA